AUGGACGAGUACGCGGUUUUGGAGGAGUUUGGCAGGCUCACGUUGGCCAGCAUGAACCAGAGCGUGGAUCCGUGUGAAGACUUUUACGAAUACGCUUGCGGCAAUUGGAAACAGGCCGAAUUGAUACCGGCGCGUUCUCGAAAUAACACAUUUUUGAACGGCAUGCAGUUUUCCGUUAAUGAAAUGCUCACUCAGUUCUUAAAAAAUGCCACCGAGAAGGAAAUGAAACUGGAUAAUGCGGAGUCCAAGGCGAAGGCGUUUUUUGCAUCAUGCUUGCGUAUGAGCGAGGAUAUGUCUGUUGGCUAUAAGCUGCUUUUGGAGAUGGACGAAUUCGCAUUCAACUUGAAUGAAAAGCGAGAAUCAAAUGAAACAUUUGAUUGGAUCAACAUAAACUUCUUGUCUCAUUAUGGCGUGUAUCCUUUGCUUCCUCUUAAAAUACACUAUGAUACAGAGAGUCGCAAGUUCGACGUUUUGCUAAGUGCCUCGGGUAAGGUUCUGGGCAACUCAGAUGUCAUCGACAUUAAGAAUAUGACAAGAGAUUUUAAAAUUGAGAAUGAAGAAGAACUUCGGCAAUUCAACGAAGAAUUUAAGCUUGUCAUCGAUUUUGAAAAGAAUCUUACAAUGCAUUCGAACAGACGAAACGAAAGCGAGGAACUCACUUUAGGCGAAUUCAAACUGAAGUACAAGGACAACUUGUUGAACUGGACACGUUACUUCGAAGUAGCAUUCAAUGGAAGCGCGAAAAAUGACUGGAUAAUGCAAAAUACCAUCGCCGAUGUAGAUCCCCUUGUAAAUUUCUUGCAAAAAUCCGAUCUAGAAACUCUGAGGAGUUAUCUGAAGUGGCGCACAAUAGCCAAAUUCUAUUAUUUAUGGAAGUACGAAACGAGUGAUAAGUCAAUGGAGAGUAAUUGUCGGGAGCAUACGAGUAUAUACUUCAAUUACGCACUGCUUCCUUGGUUUAUUGAUAAUGUUUACGACGCCGAACGACGGGAAGAUAUUUUACAACUAGCGAAACACAUUAAAGAAACCUUCUACGAUCUGUUGGGCAAGUACACGUGGUUGGACGACGAAACGCGUUCGAAUGCGAAGACGAAGCUACGCGCCAUGGACAUCACUGUCGGCUACUCUGACGAAAUGCGGCACCGUGACGUCAUCAACCAUGUGUAUGAAGAUGUGCAGAUUGGCGACAAUUGGUAUAAGAAUUUACAAGCGGUCGAGAAGAAUCGUGCCAGGGUACGUAUGCGUUCGGUGAAUAAGGCGAUAAUACCGCCUCUUAUGUCAACGCGCGAUGUGAAUGCCUACUAUGCGGACUUUUUAAAUUUGGUCUUCAUAGGCAUUGGCAUUUCUCAGGCGCCAUUCUAUCACCUGAAAUACCCAGCAUCUAUCAAAUUUAGCGGCAUUGGCAAUAUAAUUGGUCAUGAGAUGGCACACGGCUUCGAUUCCUAUUGCUAUCAAUAUGAUUACGAUGGCAAGAAACUCAACUGGUGGACCGAGGCGUCCUUGCGCAAUUUCAAGGAGCGCUAUCGCUGCUUGGAGUCUCAGUACAACAAGUAUAUAUUCCAUGGUGUGCUAACAAAUGGCACGCUCACGUCCGGUGACAACAUUGCAGACAACGUGGGCACGCGCAUCUCGUACCACGCCUACCUAAAUAGCUACGGUAAACUGGAUGGGGACAAGAAGCCCAUACCCGGUGUGAAUUUGACCAACAAGCAGUUAUACUUUUUGAAAUUCGCCCAAACCUGGUGCACCGGCAGAGAUGACGCUUCCAAGGUGCGACGCAUGAAGACCGACGUGCAUGCUUACGAGGAGUUUCGAGUCAUGGGAACGCUUCAAAAUAUGCCGGAAUUCAGUGAGGUGUACAAGUGUAGAUUAGGAUCGGAAAUGAACCCGUUAAAGAAAUGUAUGGUUUGGUAA